AUGUCUAUGAUGAUCGGACUGGCCUGGAGUACUUGGGAUGAUACGCGUCCCUCGUCUUCAAAUGUUUUUCGCGCAAUCAAGGACAUAGCGUUUGGUAGCAUUGCAGGGAUGGUUUCCAAAGUAUUCGAGCACCCUUUUGAUCUCAUCAAAGUAAGGCUCCAGUCCCAGGUACUGGAUCCAACGGCGCGCUUCAACGGACCCAUAGAUUGUCUGGUGCGAACGUGGCAUAACGAGGGCGUACGGGGGCUCUAUCGCGGACUACCUGCUCCCGUCGUCGGAGCAAUGGCAGAGAACGCGACGUUGUUCCUUUCCUACAACGAACUUCAAAAUUUGCUACGGCGACUGAACCCUCAUCCCUUGUCCCGGGACCCUACCCUUUUACAGCUUGCCCUUUCAGGCGCAGGUGCAGGCGCCAUCACCAGUUUUGUCCUGACACCUAUCGAACUCGUCAAAUGUAAAAUGCAGGUUCAAAUGCUAGCGCUGGAUAGGCCCGCCGCCAUACUCUCGGCAUCUGCGAGUUAUACAACAGUCGCGACAUCAGGAGUUGCAUCUAUGACGAGGAAUGCUUUACCUGGUCCGAUAUCCGUCCUCGUGUCGGUCAUCCGGAAAACCGGCUUACGCGGGCUUUGGCUCGGCCAGACGGGCACGCUUAUCCGAGAGACAGGGGGGGGUGCAGUGUGGUUUGCAUGCAAAGAGUUCGUGGGGAUUCAGCUCAUCCAACGUCGUGCAAAAUCACAUGGAGUACAGCUCGAAAGGAAAGACAUCCUUCCCUGGGAGUCAGCUAUUGCGGGAGCAUGCGCUGGCGGAGCGUACAACUUAUCUCUCUUCCCAGCUGACACAGUGAAGAGCAUCAUGCAGACAGAGGAGGAGUUGCGCCCGCGUGGUAAAGGUGUUCCGGCCCCCACUUUCUUCGGCACGGCCAGGGAGAUGUACAAAGCUCAGGGCAUAAGAGGUUUCUAUGCGGGAUGCGGGAUUACGGUUGCGAGGUCGAUACCCAGCAGUGCUAUUAUAUUUCUGAUAUACGAUGGGACUGAGUAG